AUGAAGCAACAGUACAGGUUAUUUCCAAGUACAAGUAACUUCUAUGAAAUAGCAAAUGAGCUUUUCCUAAGGUAUCCUUCUCUAAAACCUCGUCACUGCAAUGGCUCUUCUAGAAUUAAUUCUGGUCGUAAGCGAAAUUCUGUCUUGCUGAAUGAGUCUGUUAAUCUUUGCUCAGCAAAACGUCACUGCCAUCAUUCAAGUGAUAAGAAUGUGGAUGAUGGUAUAACUCAAGAUAUUAUAAAAAGUAUAAAGAAUGAGUGUCAGAAACUGCGCCCAGAUAUAGAAUUUUUGGCUCACCAGAUUAUCUUGUCUAUUGAGGCAUUAAAAUAUACAUGCCGAAAUGAAAGAACUUUAGAUGUCCUCAAUAAAUUCCCAGCACUUUACUAUGAAAAAGUUCUUUUUGCAGCAGCAAGAGUUAUAACAAAUACAGAUAUUGACAAUAACUGCUUGUUAUUAUUGGGUAGAAUGAAGGAGGGAAUGAAGAAGUUAAUAGAUUUAAAAAAACCUUUGUCAGCUAGAUGGCAAACAUUAUGCAAUGGGGUACUUGAUGAGAUUAGUGAUGCAACAAUAAAAAACCUUCAUUGUUUAAUUCUUCCAAGCAUUUUUUGUGACGAAGAAGCACUUUUGUUCACCAUGACGCUAGAUCCAAUCUAUCCAACCCUUGCUCUGAAAAUUGAAGGAGAUGCUAUAAAUCCAACACGAAUAAGUCUUGUAGUUGACGGGCUGACACUAAGCAAUUCUGUUCCUGAUGUAACUUGUGGUUUGGGUCUCGUCAUCUGCUCAUAUUAUAUUUUUGAUAUUGCGUAUCCAAAGAAAUUACAAAAAACCCUGUCUUUUCUAGAACAUUACGUUUUUGAGCGAAGGAGUAAACUUCCUGCCAACAUUCAAAACAUUGCUAGUUUUUUGAACUUAUAAUAUUAAAUUAUAAAACUUAAUAACAUAUUAAUGUUAUUAAUUUGUUUCAAAAUCUUUAUUUAAA